UGUUUAUUAGUUAGUGCACAGCAGCUGAGAAGAUGCAAUCGAUACGCACUUGGGUUCUCUUUGGUUUGGUCGCCUUGCUGGGCGUUGGCAUCUAUGCCAAGCCGCAUGGCUGGAGCAGCUUAGGAGGCGGGGGCGGUGGCUGGAGCAGCGGUGGAUCUGGCGGAGGCUGGAAGAGUCUUGGUGGUGGUGGCGGCUGGAGCAGCGGCGGAUCUGGCGGCGGUGGCUGGAAGCCAGCUGGCGGUGGCUGGUCCUCGGGCGGCAGCAGCAGCUCCUCUAUAUCCUUUCCCAAGAUAAGCAUCAGCUCUUGGCCUUCGAGCGGUCACGGUGGAUCCGGCGGUUGGUCCUCAGGCGGCGGCGGUGGCGGCGGCGGCUGGAAGAGUGGUGGCGGUAGCGGCGGCGGUGGUGGCUGGUCCAGCGCUCUAUCUGGUCUGUCCGGCUGGAAGUCUCAGGCGCUUUCCAGUCUCAGCAGCGCUGGCAACGGUAAGCGG